AGGCCAGGUCAACUUGAAUAGGAAAAUGGCGAAGCAAGGGGAGCAAUGGAUACCAAUUUUUGAAGAGUUUGAUAAGCCAGGUCUCGAUAACGAGAGAGCAAAACAAAUUUAUGAAAAAUGGGCUGAUAAUUAUGAUAAGAACAUGGCAAUUCUAAAUUACACUCAACCAAGUGUCUGCGCAGCCGAAAUAGAAAAAUGCUUAAAGGACAACAAAGAUGCUCUUAUUUUGGAGGCCGCCUGCGGGACCGGUUUAGGGGGCAUAGAGCUGACAAAGCGUGGUUUCCACAACCUCCAUGCCUUCGACAUGUCCAGUAAAAUGCUUGACAUUGCCAAGCAGAAGAAUAUCUAUAGAAAAUUGAUGUGUAUUAGACUUGGUCCGGAGGGACUGGAUAUCCCUGAUGACACAUACGAUGCGGUCAUGAUGACAGGGGCAGCGGGUUUAGCUCAUAUCGGCGGAGAUUGCUUGGGAGAAUUCAUUCGAAUUGUCAAACCAGGUGGUUACGUGGUGAUGGACACCAUUCUUAAAUACAUCGUUGGCACUGAAUACAACGGCAAGAGCUGGGAUGAAACAAUAGACGACUUCCUCAUGGCCGGACGCUGGGUCACAGUGACCAGACGACAGGUGGAGAACUCCUUCAACACUAUGGAGGGAAUGCAGUACGCCUUUCAAGUGAAGUGACUGUGGUUUACAAGUCGAUCUAUUUCAACCACGCCAGACAUGAGUGUAAAACCAAGGUGGACCUAUGGAGAUUUCCCUGCGGCUUUUGCUUCUGAAUGGUUGCACCAAUACAUACACACAUACGCUUAAAAUUUGCUUUCUUCGCGCCUGCUUGGUGAAAACAUGUGUGAUCAACAGAAGUCAGGGUGAAUAAAUAUGCUGAACUUAAAAUUUCAAUUUCUCAAUCUAUCAAUUUCUAAAUGGAAUGCGAUAACAUUUAAGAAAACUGUAUUAAUAUAUGGUACAUAUAAUU